AUGCCUCAGGCUCGCACCCUCCGCACUCGAGGCACGAUGAACGAGAACGAUGAGAAUGGGCCCUCGGCACGCGUCACUCGGGCCAAGACCGCCGCCCUGACGACCGACGUCGCCGCUGCCGCAGGCAAGAAGACUCUAGGAGUGAAGCGAACCACCUCGACCACAACCGCCGGAGUGCAACGCCCCCGUGCCGCUCUGGGUGAUGUGAGCAACGUCAACAAGACCGAGGUGGUCGACGCGAAGGCCGGCAAGAAGCCUGCCGCCAGCAAGGCUGGCUUGACCUCCAAGGCAACCGCCCACACCGGAGGAAUCCAGAAAGUCAGCCGCACAAACUCGGCUCGCACUUCCACCCGUCCUCCCCUUCAACCCCGCGAUUCCAACAAGAAGCCCGCCAGCACCACACACAAGCGCCCUUCCAGCAAGGAACCGUCUACGCAGGCCGAUGAGCCUCCCCGCAAGAAGGCUGAUCUGGUGGAACGCAAGGAACAGCCGGUUAUUGAAAAGAUUCCCGAAGAAGUUGAGACCACCAAGUCGACUGUGAAGGCAUUCGAAGACGCCGUGCAAGAUCUGGACACUGAGGACCUGGAUGACCCAUUGAUGGCCGCCGAAUACGUGGUGGAAAUCUUUGAAUACCUGAAGGAUCUGGAGAUCAUCACUCUGCCUAACCCCGAGUACAUCGACCACCAGCCCGACCUCGAAUGGAAGAUGCGCGGUAUCCUUGUCGACUGGCUCAUCGAAGUCCACACCCGUUUCCGUCUUCUCCCCGAGACCCUCUUCCUCGCUGUCAACAUCAUUGAUCGUUUCCUGUCCGCUGAGGUUGUCGCCCUUGACCGUCUACAGCUUGUCGGUGUUACCGCCAUGUUCAUUGCCUCCAAUCACGUCGCCGAUGAGACCUUCUCCGAUAAGGAAAUCCUCGACGCCGAGCGUCACGUCCUUGCUACCCUCGAGUACAACAUGAGCUUCCCUAACCCCAUGAACUUCUUGCGCCGUAUCUCCAAGGCCGACAACUACGAUAUCCAAACCCGUACUCUCGGAAAGUACCUGAUGGAAAUCAGUCUGCUUGAUCACCGCUUCAUGGGCUACCCUCAGAGUCACAUCUCCGCUGCCGCUAUGUACCUCGCUCGUCUCAUCCUUGAGCGUGGCCAUUGGGAUGCUACUCUUGCUCACUACUCUGGAUACACCGAGGAGGAGAUUGAGCCUGUCUUCCAACUGAUGGUCGACUAUCUGCACCGCCCUGUCUCCCACGAAGCCUUCUUCAAGAAGUAUGCUAGCAAGAAGUUCUUGAAGGCUUCCAUCUUGACUCGCCAGUGGGCCAAGAAGUACCACCACCUGUACGUCGAUAGUGCCGACUCGCUCGCCAAGGACGAGCAGUAA